UCGUAUCCGGAAGUCUCAAGAGGUUUGUUCUUUGCGACUCUUCUAAUGGAUCCGAAACCGUUUCUAACAAUGCGUUCUAGUGGUAUUCUGUGCGACUGCACGAUACAAAUUGGUAAUAGAGAAUUGCUAGUUCAUGGUCUAGUGAUCGCCUCACGUUCCGACUACUUUCUGAAGUUGCUGCAGUCAAAGAUGCGAGACACCAAUCGAGUCGAUCUAUCCAAUGUGGUUGGAGGCUACGAUGCGAUCAGCGUGAUUGUCGACUUCUGCUACGGCAUAUCUGUACAAGACAGACUCGAUGAGUCGAACAUCGCUCACGUGCUCUGCUGUGCUUUAUAUCUCCAAAUGUGCGGAGAGAAAAAUCUGGCAAUGAUAUGUAGAAACACACUAAAAAUGCUAACAGAACGACAACUAACGAACUGCUUAGCUAUUCUAAACGACUGUACUGACAUCGGAGUUGCUGCAGAAAAAGAAGGAGUGAUUGAAGAGUGCCUACAAGCGGCAGUGCUGCACUUCAAAUCGCAAGAGGGCAAUUACGAAUUCGAAGCUUUGGACGACCUCAGUAAUUCUGUAAAUUUGAAAGAUUUUCCUAUCCAUUGGAUCGAGCAAAUUUUGGAAAAAAUGCGACAAGAAGAAUGCCAUUUGUCAAUAACAGCAUUUGUGUCUACUGUCCAUAUUAGUUCCAUUAUCAGCUGUUACCCUAACAGCUGUCAGACGGUAGAGAACUCUCCCUAUUCUCUUGACGCUUGUCGUCCAUCGGCAGCAAGCCCAACAACACUGCUGGAAGCAUUUGAAACGAUCAUGAGUUACGUUCCUGACGAAGCAUCUACAUUAUCCCCUCGUGCUGCAUCCCCAACUUGGUUUGCUAAAGCGUUGGAGUUUUCCACCACACAUUCACUGGCAUGUGCCAGUCGUCUGUUUUCCAUGUGUGCAAGCAUUUAUGACAAACUUGCAAACGCUGAUGAUGAGAACACCGUUGUUUACAAGUUCAAACCAAACACCAUAGUAGAACUAAACAAUGUAACUAAGACCAACCACAGCAAUCUCGCCGAUUAUGUGGAGAAAAUGUCAGAUCGCUAUCUAUUAGUCCAAGCUCAGCACCAAUCUCUAACUCCAUCUGAUUUUGUGCAAGUUCUGCAAUCGACUGAUUGGUUCAACAGAGAGUCUACUGACGCACCAUUUGCGGCUCUAAAUGAAAUGCUGGAAAUUCCCCAAGAUGUCAUGAAGAUAAAUGAAGAUGAGAUUGCACACAUGGCCGCAAACAUUGAUUUUACAAAGUUGAGUCAAGAUAUGCUAGAAAGAGCAGCAAAAGACACUAGAAUACCGAGACAAGUUGUUGUGAUGGCUGCAGUCAGUGUUUGCUCGACCCUACGCUCUCAACUUGCAAUCACAUCUAAGGCGGUUAAUGACGAAAAAAAGAAAACAGAAAUGUUCAAAUCGGCCUUAGACAUAGCAAAUCAACGUAUUAGACUGCUGAAGGCAAAAAAAACAAACACUACAGACUGAAAACUAAACCUUAAAGACUCUAAACAUCACUGCUUAUCCUAAAAGCGACUUUUUCUCUCGGUAUAAGGUUGAUUUGCGAAUA